UAUAGAACAAUGUUGCAAAGAUUUAAAACAAUUGGAUCAAGAAAUUAGUAUAUUAGAAAAUAUGACUCAACAGCUUUAAAACAAAGAGUAUUUGGCUUUGAAAUCAUAAAUACUUAUAAUAAAAGAGUUGUAUUCGAAGGAAAAAGAAAAUUGCAAAUGUAUCUUUUUUUAUUCAUAUAUAUUAAUAAUAGAAUAACAAAUAAUACAAUUCAAUAAUAUUCUUGAUACUUUAAAGAAAAUGUUAGCAGACUAAAUUAAAGUGGAAGAAUAAAUAGAUUUUGGUCGUCAAAUGGAUACUAAAAUCGAUUAAUAGAGUGGAGAUCAAGAAAACUAGUUGAAUUUUGAAGAGGCUGAGAGAUUAUUAAAUGAAGGUAUAUUAAUUUGAUGUAUAAUAGGAUUGGCAUUAAGAUAAUUAAAUAAGUACGAGGAAGCAAUUGAGUGUUACGACAAAGCUAUUUCCAUUAAUCCUAAAUAUGAUUUGGCAUGGUAUAAUAAGGGUAACUAAUGUGAGACAUUAUUAUUGUUUAGGCUUAGCAUUAUUUUAUUUAAAUAAGAAGGAAGAAGCAAUUGAGUGUUACGACAAAGCUAUUUCCAUUAAUCCUAAAUAUGAUUCAGCAUGGAGCAAUAAAGGUAACUAAUGUGACACAUUAUUAUUGUUUAGGCAAUUCAUUAUUUAAUUUAAAUAAGAAUGAAGAAGCAAAUGAGUGUUGCCACUAAGCUAUUUCCAUUAAUCCUAAUAAUGAUGCAGCUUGGAAUAAUAAGGUUAAAACUAUAUAUAUUAAGAAUCUUCUAUAGUUCUAACUAUUUAAGUAGAGUUUUCUCCUACUUAUCUUUUAAUCGUCUCCUUUCUAAUGUUUUUAUCCAUCAAUAACCGGCUUCUUAAUAUUUGUAAACAAAUUGAAAGAGUUUAAAUAUGGUUUAACAACUAAAUUACCCAUUUUAUGA